AGUGCGCGUGGAAAGAAGAGUUAGAAACCGCCUGGAGACGAGGUUAUCCAGGAUCUGGGUUCGAUUGUUGCUUGUCGUUGCUGGAUGUUGGUGCUCAGAAUGGCACCUUGAGAAGUAAACCUGGAGUUCUCAACUGCGAUGGCCACGGUCCCAUCGAGUGUGGUGACCACAGCCAGCAUCUACACCACCUCCGUGCCCCUGUGCCAAGCGACGAUCGAGAACCAGCUGUGCGCUACCUCCACCGUUGCCCUGCCCAUUCAAGUGUCCAUGCCCUCCAUAGUCACACACACGAUGGUCCAGCCCACGUCGGCGCUCACGGGGACCAUCACCGUCCCCGCUGUGACUCCGACGGUGACGCCCAUAACAUCGACAAACCUCGGCAUCGCCACCGCGUGCACCCCAGUUCUGACCACGACCAUGGUGAAGACAGCCCCAACCAGUCUGCCCGAACGACACAUCAACACUGGCGACGGUGUUCAGGUGCUGAACAAGCAAAGACUCCAGGACCUUGUCAAGGAAGUCGACCCCAAUGAACAACUGGACGAUGACGUUGAGGAGCUCCUGUUGCAAAUAGCAGACGAGUUUAUUGAGAAUGUGGUGACAACAUCCUGCCUCCUGGCGAAACACAGAAAGUCCACCACCCUCGAAACCAAAGACGUCCAGCUGAGCCUGGAGAAAAACUGGAACAUGUGGAUUCCUGGCUUUGGUGCUGAUGAAUUGCAGCCGUACAAGAAAUCAAGCAGUACUGAGGCACACAAGCAGCGCAUGGCCCUUAUCAGGAAAACACUCAAGAAGUACUAGAAUGUUUCUCUUUUUUAUGUUGAGUUUUGAAAUAAAUUAGUACCUGUGUGUUCACAAAGUC